CAAACAAUCAUCACUUUGCAGACCAACAACACCAUCAAAAUGUUUCCCACUCUGAUCAGGCAGUCUAUCUUCAAGCGCCUCUUCGGCGAGGCCGGCGCCAAAGAUGUCGUCACCAUCUUCCACGCCCCGCAGAACGCCGCUUCGACUCGCAUCCUCACGCUGCUCAAGCAGUCGCAGGCAACUGCACAGACGACCGCGACUGAAGACCAGGCGUCUAGCCAUGACACGCAGAGCAAGGCGGAGCGCACCGAGUUCGAGCUCGACGUCCAGGAGGGUGAACCUACUAGCGAUCAAUUGAGGACCAUCCUCGAAUACAUGGGUAGCGAUAGCGCGGGCAAGAUAAUCACUGGGGCGGUCAGCGAGGAGGAUGCUGUGAAGAAGUUCAAGAGCAGCCCGAGCGCUUUCGUUAGGCCGUUGGUUGUGGAUUGGAAUGCUGGUCGUGCUGUUGUCGGGGAGAACGAGUCGGAAAUUUUGCGCUUGGUCAAGGAGAUUCCCCGGGACGGCAGCUCUAAAUAGAGAGCAACCUACCCUUCUGGCGCGAAGGAGUGAGUAAGACGCCGCAUCAUCUGGCUGUUGCACUAUUGUUGUUGUAAGACUGCGUGGUUGGCGGGAAAGUCGACCGUCAUCACUGUAAAUAAGGGUCAAGCCAAAGCUCAAGCUAAUGUGAAGCCAAUUGGGCAUGUUAACAUGGGUAUACGUCAUACUAGCACUUAUUUGCAGGCCGGUUAUAAGCAGGG